AGUCCAAGUCCCCAGCCUUGGCUGCAGCCAACACUCGAGGCCUCUGAGGAAGGCUUAAAAAUACCUUGAUGCAUGUAGCAGAAAGAUGAGAGAAGGGGGCAACCAGCAAAGCCCAGAAGCCUGGUAUAUCCCCAUAGUACAACACAGGCAUCGCUAACCCAGGUCAUCCCCGACCAGUGGCUGAACCUCUUCUCGGACACCUCCGGUGAUGGCGAAUCCAUGCCUUUCCCUAGGCAUGGAUCUAUCCCACUGCCUCACUGGUUUAACUACAAAGACCUUUUUCCUGAUAUCCAAUGCAAACCUACUUUGCUGCAGCUUCAAGCCAUUUCCCCAUCUGUCAAACAAGGUCUAUCCCAUCCAGGUGUAUCCCCGUCUCCCUGCUAAGCCAAGAGGUUUCUCUCACACCGGAGAAGAAAGUGAGAAUAUCCAACUUCAUUUUGAUUCACGUGGUAAGAAAGACAGGCCGUGGCCAGCCACGGCCAUCCUACCAUUACCCAGCCAGGGGACCUUAAUGUUUCCUCGGGGAGGUCCCAAUAUCUACAACACUCAGCAAGCCCGGUUAGAAGGGCUGGCUUUUUAACAUUUCUCUUCCUCAAGGCUUUCUGGAGCCAGAGAGUUCAUCCUGCGUGCUACUCUACUGAGCGACGAACAGAUUUGGCCCUGCGCGUCUAGAGGCUGACGCCAGGCCACCUGGCUCCAAACUUCAUUUCCUUACGGCCAGAGAGAAUGAUAUUUGCCCAUGGACGGUGUGAGACUACAAGGGUUAGCCUUUGCAAAGGGCUUGGUGAUCCCCGAGCGCACAGCCCGGCGAGAGUCCUAAAUGCUACCAGUGCCGUCUGGUUGUAGAUGCGUGUGUCUGCGAGACCGAGGCAGGGGUAACAGAGGAGAUCACUGCUGUCCGGUGAUAUCACAUGGGAGCACGGGGGAAUUUACUCCUCCUCGCUCUAGGCUCCCCUUAACCUCCCUUCCCCACCUAGAAUACGACAGCAAGGAGUCAACACCACUCCCCCAAAAAGCAAACGCACCGUAGGGAAAGGAGGCUGGUGAGCUCAUGAAUCACUGCAGUUGUGCCCCAGGGCCUCAAAACCCUGCGAGAGCAAGGAGCGUCUGCACACCUGCCCUCCUCUCUCCCGGGAGGUGGGGCGCGUGCUCUCGGCCCUCUUCGUGCGGAGGUGUGGGAGGAGCACUCAGCAGCCCCAGCACAUUUGCAAGCUGGUUGACGGAGCCGAGGCAACUCCCUUUACUGGCAAGAACAGACACGGAGCACAAAGCUACAACGCCGGCGCCCCCAGGCAAGCCAAAGCAUCGGUGCCCGAAGAGCUGGAGGGAUGCGGAUACAACGAAGAACAGAGAAGGACGGUUUCCGAGCCCUGGAGCUUCUGAGAACGCAUUCGUAGGUCUCGGCAAAGGGGGGGAAGGCAACUGGGACUUUUGCCAGCCUUCAGCUAAAGAAAAUGGCAAGUUCUUGGCUUUAAAUAUCAGGGCAGGGACUGAAUUUCCCAGGGACUGAAUAAUGCAAUGAGCAGUAGUCAGAGACCAUUGCAGAGAUGCGCUCGGUCUUUGGAGGAGGAAAGUGAAGCGAGACGAGACGCCGGGUUGAGGAGCGGGGCGAAAGCCGGCGGGGAAGAUGGACAAGUUCCGGAUGAUCUUCCAGUUCCUCCAGUCCAACCAGGAGUCGUUCAUGAACGGCAUCUGCGGGAUCAUGGCCCUUGCCAGCGCCCAGAUGUACGCGGCCUUUGACUUCAACUGCCCCUGCCUGCCGCACUACAACCUGGCCUACGGCCUGGGCAUCCUCUUCGUGCCCCCGCUCGUCCUCUUCCUGCUGGGGUUCGUGAUGAACAACAACGUGUCCAUGCUGGCGGAGGAGUGGAAGAGGCCGACGGGCAUGAGGCAGAAGGACCCGGCCGUGUUGCGCUACAUGUUCUGCUCCAUGGCUCAGCGGGCCAUGAUCGCGCCCGCCGUCUGGAUCUCCGUCACGCUGCUGGACGGGAAGUGCAUCCUGUGUGCAUUCAGCACCUCGGUGCCGGUGGAGAAGCUGGGGAACCUGAGCUACACGGGCCUGUCCGAGAAGGAGAUGAAGAGGAUACUGGCCCGGAUCCCCUGCAAAGAGAUCUACGAUGGGCAGCAGCUCAUCCCCAGCGAGGUGGCCGUCAGAUACUUGCGCUGCAUCUCACAGGCUCUGGGCUGGUGCUUCGUGCUGCUGAUGACCAUGCUGGCGUUCCUCGUGCGGUCCCUGCGGCCCUGCUUCACGCAGGCCGCCUUCCUGAAGAGCAAGUACUGGUCCCACUACAUCGACAUCGAGCGCAAGCUGUUCGACGAGACCUGCACGGAGCACGCCAAGAGCUUCGCCAAGGUCUGCAUCCAGCAGUUCUUCGAGGCCAUGAACAAGGACAUGGGCAUGGGGCACCCCCACCUGCCGGAGAAAACCCCCUCCGAGGCAGGGGAGGAGAAGGAGAAGCUGCUGGGCAUCACGGACCAGGGGACCAUGAACAAGCUCCUGAAGAGCUGGCACAAAUGCAAGCCCCCUCUGUGCCUCCACCAGGAGCUCUUCCAGAACAGGAACGGCUGGGCCGGCGAGAGCCAGCCGCUCGGUCCCGUCAGCCUGCCCAAGAGGGAGAUCAUCGCCUACUACAGUAGAGUAUGAGGGUGGGCUAGGAGUAGCCUCAGGUUUCUCUUCCAAGGGAGCCAAAGACCCGCAAUCAGUCCAGAGCCCUCUACCCAGCCCUGCCUCGCUGUGCUUCGCUAGCCGAGCAGAGACAGAGACCCCGACCCCGAUUGGGAGCGAGGGGCGAUGGAGAUGGGAGAAA